CGGGACGGGCGCGGGGACGGCUCCGGGGGGCGGGGGCCGGGGCCCGGGCCGGCUCGCGCGGGGGGUAUGAUGACCCGGCGACGGGGCCCCGGAUCUCGUCUCCUCCGCCGCCUCCUCGCGGCAGCCCCAGCUCGCGGCUGAGAACCAGACCCACCGGCGGUUUGUAAUUUGUAAUGAUGGUGGAGACUACGUGGGACCAGCCCACCUAAUGUGUGUCUGUGCAAGGCGGAUUUAGAGGUCUGGCUCGGAGGGAAACUUUUGCUGUCUGUCGCCACUUUCCCAAAGCUUUCGUUUAAAGAAAAGAGAGAGAGAGAAAAGGUAUGGCAUCACAGCUGCAGGUGUUUUCCCCCCCAUCAGUGUCGUCGAGUGCCUUCUGCAGUGCGAAGAAACUGAAAAUAGAGCCCUCUGGCUGGGAUGUUUCUGGACAGAGCAGCAACGACAAAUAUUAUACCCACAGCAAAACCCUCCCAGCCACACAAGGGCAAGCCAACUCCUCUCACCAGGUAGCAAAUUUCAACAUCCCUGCCUACGACCAGGGCCUCCUCCUUCCAGCUCCUGCAGUGGAGCAUAUUGUUGUAACAGCUGCUGAUAGCUCGGCCAGUGCUGCUCCAUCAACCUUCCAAAGCAGCCAGACCCUGACUCACAGAAACAACGUUUCUUUGCUUGAGCCAUAUCAAAAAUGUGGAUUGAAAAGAAAAAGUGAGGAAGUUGACAGCAACGGUAGCGUGCAAAUCAUAGAAGAACAUCCCCCUCUCAUGCUGCAAAACAGGACUGUGGUGGGUGCUGCUGCCACGACCACCACUGUGACCACAAAGAGUAGCAGUUCCAGUGGAGAAGGGGACUACCAGCUGGUCCAGCAUGAGAUCCUUUGCUCUAUGACCAAUAGCUAUGAAGUGUUGGAGUUCCUAGGCCGGGGAACAUUUGGACAGGUGGCUAAGUGCUGGAAGCGGAGCACGAAGGAAAUUGUGGCUAUUAAAAUCUUGAAGAACCACCCCUCCUAUGCCAGACAAGGACAGAUUGAAGUGAGCAUCCUUUCUCGCCUAAGCAGUGAAAAUGCUGAUGAGUAUAAUUUUGUUCGUUCUUAUGAGUGCUUUCAGCAUAAGAAUCACACCUGCCUUGUGUUUGAGAUGCUGGAGCAGAACUUGUAUGAUUUUCUAAAGCAGAACAAGUUUAGCCCACUGCCACUCAAGUACAUCAGACCAAUCUUGCAGCAGGUGGCCACAGCCCUGAUGAAGCUCAAGAGCCUUGGUCUGAUUCACGCUGACCUUAAGCCUGAAAACAUAAUGCUGGUCGAUCCAGUGCGCCAGCCCUACCGAGUGAAGGUCAUUGACUUUGGUUCUGCUAGUCACGUUUCCAAAGCUGUGUGCUCAACCUACUUACAGUCACGUUACUACAGAGCCCCUGAAAUUAUUCUUGGAUUACCGUUUUGUGAAGCUAUUGAUAUGUGGUCAUUGGGCUGUGUGAUAGCUGAGCUGUUCCUGGGAUGGCCCCUUUAUCCUGGUGCUUCAGAAUAUGAUCAGAUUCGUUACAUUUCACAAACACAAGGCCUGCCCGCUGAAUAUCUUCUCAGUGCUGGGACAAAAACAACGAGGUUUUUCAACAGAGAUCCUAAUUUGGGGUAUCCGCUGUGGAGGCUUAAGACACCGGAAGAACAUGAAUUGGAGACUGGAAUCAAAUCAAAAGAAGCUCGAAAGUACAUUUUUAAUUGUUUAGAUGAUAUGGCUCAGGUAAAUAUGUCCACAGACUUGGAGGGAACAGAUAUGUUGGCAGAGAAGGCGGAUCGAAGAGAAUAUAUUGAUCUGUUAAAAAAAAUGCUAACAAUUGAUGCAGAUAAGAGAAUUACUCCUCUGAAAACUCUUAACCAUCAGUUUGUGACAAUGACCCACCUUCUGGAUUUUCCACAUAGCAAUCAUGUUAAGUCCUGUUUUCAGAACAUGGAGAUCUGCAAGCGGAGGGUUCACAUGUAUGAUACAGUGAGUCAGAUCAAGAGUCCCUUCACUACUCACGUUGCCCCAAAUACAAGCACAAAUCUAACCAUGAGCUUCAGCAACCAGCUUAAUACAGUGCACAAUCAGGCCAGUGUUCUAGCUUCCAGUUCUACUGCAGCAGCUGCUACUCUUUCCCUGGCUAAUUCAGAUGUCUCAUUGCUAAACUACCAGUCGGCUUUGUAUCCAUCGUCUGCAGCACCAGUUCCUGGAGUUGCCCAGCAGGGUGUGUCCUUGCAGCCUGGAACCACCCAAAUUUGCACUCAGACAGAUCCGUUCCAACAAACAUUUAUAGUAUGUCCACCUGCUUUUCAGAAGUCGGAGCAAGCAGAAGGAAAAGAGGGGCUAGGGGAGACUGAGAGAUUACCGGGAGGCCAGGAGAGCGAUAGCGAUGUAAACCAGGGAGAGCGGAGGAGCAGAUUCCAAACCCCUGGACUACAAGCAACAACAAAACACUCUGGAUUCCCUGUGAGGAUGGAUAACGCCGUGCCGAUUGUACCCCAGGCGCCAGCCGCGCAGCCACUGCAGAUCCAGUCGGGAGUGCUGACGCAGGGAAGCUGUACACCACUAAUGGUAGCAACUCUCCACCCUCAAGUAGCCACCAUCGCACCGCAGUAUGCGGUGCCCUUUACUCUGAGCUGCGCAGCCGGCCGGCCGGCGCUGGUUGAACAGACUGCCGCUGUACUGCAGGCUUGGCCUGGAGGAACCCAACAAAUUCUCCUGCCUUCAACUUGGCAACAGUUGCCUGGGGUAGCUCUGCACAACUCUGUCCAACCCACAGCAGUCAUUCCAGAGGCCAUGGGCAGUGGCCAGCAGCUCACAGACUGGAGGAAUGCCCACUCUCAUGGCAACCAGUACAGCACUAUCAUGCAGCAGCCCUCCUUGCUGACUAACCACGUGACGCUGGCUACUGCUCAGCCCCUGAAUGUUGGUGUUGCCCAUGUUGUCAGACAACCACAAUCCAGUUCUCUCCCUUCUAAGAAGAAUAAGCAAUCUGCUCCAGUCUCUUCUAAGUCUUCGCUGGAUGUUCUGCCUUCUCAAGUCUAUUCUCUCGUUGGGAGCAGUCCUCUCCGUACCACAUCUUCUUAUAAUUCCCUAGUCCCUGUCCCAGAUCAGCAUCAGCCAAUCAUCAUUCCAGAUACUCCCAGCCCUCCUGUGAGUGUCAUCACCAUCCGCAGUGACACCGAUGAGGAAGAAGACAAUAAGUACAAGCCCAAUAGCUCUGGCCUGAAGGCAAGGUCUAACGUCAUCAGUUAUGUCACUGUCAAUGAUUCUCCAGACUCUGACUCUUCCUUGAGCAGCCCAUAUUCCACUGAUACCCUGAGUGCUCUCCGGGGCAACAGUGGACCCCUGGUGGAGGGGUCUGGCAGAGUCGCGGGGGAUGGCACCGGCACCCGCACCAUCAUUGUACCUCCACUGAAAACUCAGCUCGGUGACUGCACUGGGGCAGCCCCAGCCUCAGGUCUUGUGAGCAGUAAGACCAAGCCAGUGGCCUCAGUGAGUGGGCAGUCAUCUGGAUGCUGUAUCACCCCCACAGGGUAUCGAGCUCCACGCGGGGGGACCAGCGCAGCACAGCCACUCAACCUUAGCCAGAACCAGCAGUCAUCGUCAGCUCCAACCUCGCAGGAGAGAAGCAGCAACCCUGCCCCCCGCAGGCAGCAGGCGUUUGUGGCCCCGCUCUCCCAGGCCCCCUACGCCUUCCAGCAUGGCAGCCCACUACACUCGACGGGGCACCCACACCUGGCCCCAGCCCCUGCUCACCUGCCAAGCCAGCCUCACCUGUAUACGUAUGCUGCCCCCACCUCUGCUGCUGCAUUGGGCUCCACCAGCUCCAUUGCUCAUCUCUUCUCUCCCCAGGGCUCCUCAAGGCAUGCUGCAGCCUAUAGCACCCACCCUAGCACUCUGGUGCACCAGGUCCCUGUCAGCGUUGGGCCCAGCCUUCUCACUUCUGCCAGUGUGGCCCCUGCUCAGUACCAACACCAGUUUGCCACCCAGUCCUACAUUGGGUCUUCCCGAGGCUCAACAAUUUACACUGGAUACCCACUGAGUCCGACCAAGAUCAGCCAGUAUUCCUAUUUGUAGUUGGUGAGCAGAGGGAGGAGGGGUCAUGGCUGCCUGUUCUUGGCCCUGAGUUCUUAAUAACAGGCUAUGAUGAACUCCUCCCUUAGGCCCCUCUUGAAACUCCUUAGCCAGCAACUUGUUCUGCAGGGGCCCACUGAAGCAGAAGGUUUUUCUCUGGGGAACCUGUCUUAGUGUUGACUGCAUUGUUGUAGUCUCCCAAAGUCUGCCCUAUUUUUUAAUUAUUUUUGUGACAGCAUUUUUGGUAUUUGGAAGAGUUCAGAUGCCCAUCUUCUGCAGUUACCAAGGAAGAGAGAUCGUUCUGAAGUUACCCUUUGAAAAAUAUUUUCUCUCUGACUUGAUUUCUAUAAAUGUUUUUAAGACCAAGUGAAGCCCCUCUUUAUUUAACUUUAUUUUACUGUAAUUGCUGGUCAGAGGAAAAAUGCUGAUAGAAAGACUUGAAAUCUGGUAACAAGUGAGAAAAGAAAAAUCAUCACUUUUUGCUUAUUUAAAAACCAAGACUUAAUUGCCUCUUUUAAGAGCAGCUUACACAAGUCUGUAUUUGACUAUCAGGCAUUUCUCAUCUCAAAAUUUUACCUUUCCUUAUGGGACAUUAGACUACAGUGUUUAGUUUGUUUUCAUGUCAUGUUAUACUUACUGGGCAAUUGUUAUUUUCGCAAAACUGGUUAUAUACUGCUCCUUAUUACUCUUGGGAUUCUCUCAGUUGCUCCUGUGUUUAUUGUAAAGUAGUGUUAAAAAGGCAGCUCACCAUUUGCUGGUAACUUAGUGUGAGAGAAUCCAUUCCUACCGUGAAAGCACUAGGUAUUAUUACUCUUUUUAAAUGAAGUACCAUGCAGUCUUCUUAAGUUAUUUUUUAAAAGUAUUUCUCUCUCUGAUUCAGCUUAAAUUUUAUUAUUGGAAAAGCCAUUAAGGUCGUUAUUAUCGUAUGGUGGUGGUUGUCUUAUUAUAUGCAAAAUCUCUUUGUAUUAUGCGAUACUGGUAUCGAUGAGCUUUGCCUAAAGGUUGUUGGCAUUGGUGAGCUUUGCCUAAAGAUUAAUAUGAAUUUUCAGUAAUACACCUCUCUCUCUUUGCCUCAUCUCUCCCUUCUGUUCUAUGAUUUAUUUGGGGAGAAAGCUAAAGAAUCUGAAACCAGAUAAGAACGUUGUGUAUAGCUUUUAUACUUUAAAGUAGCUUCCUUUGUAUGCCAGCAGCAAAUUGAAUGCUCUCUUAUUAAGACUUAUACAAUAAGUGCAUGUAGGAAUUGCAAAAAAUAUUUUAAAAAUUUAUUACUGAAUUUAAAAAUAUUUUAGAAGUUUUGUAAUGGUGGUGUUUUAAUAUUUUGCAUAAUUAAAUAUGUACAUAUUGAUUAGAAAAAUAUAACAAGCAAUUUUUCCUGCUAACCCAAAAUGUUAUUUGUAAUCAAAUGUGUAGUGAUUACACUUGAAUUGUGUAUUUAGUGUGUAUCUGAUCCUCCAGUGUUACCCCGGAGAUGGAAUGGAUGUCUCCAUUGUAUUUAAACCAAAAUGAACUGAUACUUGUUGGAAUGUAUGUGAACUAAUUGCAAUUAUAUUAGAGCAUAUUACUGUAGUGUUGAAUGAGCAGGGGCAUUGCCUGCAAGGAGAGGAGACCCUUGGAAUUGUUUUGCACAGGUGUGUCUGGUGAGGAGUUGUUCAGUGUGUGUCUCUUCUUCCCUUUCUCCUCCUUCCCUUAUUGUAGUGCCUUAUAUGAUAAUGUAGUGGUUCAUAGAGUUUACAGUGAGCUUGCCUUAGGAUGGACCAGCAAGCCCUUGUGGACCCUAAGCUGUUCACUGGGAUUUAUCAGAACAGGAUUAGUAGCUGUGUCGUGUAAAUGCAUUGUUGUCAGUUUCCCUGCCGACGUUGAAAAAUAAAAACAGCAGCUUUUCUCCUUUAGCACCAUGUCUACCCCUUUCCAGUCUGGAAUCUCAGCUGAGUUCUCACAGAAGCAUUUUCCCCACGUGGCUCUCUCACGGUGCAUUGCUACCUUGCUUCUGUGAGAAUUUGGGAAGCAGGUGAGAGGAGUCAAGCCAAUAUGAAAUAUAUGGUGGUUUUCUUUUUCUUUAAAGUAUGUGCAAUCACUUUUAGAAUGAGAUUUUUCUUUUCCUUUUCCCAUGUGGCAGUCCUUCCUGCAAAUAGUUGCCAUUCCUAGUAAAAUAUUUGCUUGUUGGAAAAAAAACAUAUAACAGAUCUGUUUAUACCAAAGAGCCUGUUGUAUUGCUUACCAUGUCCCCAUACUAUGAGGAGGAGUUUUGUGAUGCCGCUGGUGACAGGGAACUCACAGGAAGGUUUCUGAGCCGGUGAAGAAUAUUAAAAAGGAACCAAAGCCUGUUGAGUCAUCGGGCUUUUGACGUUUCUUUUUAACAACUUGAAUAUUCUUGGGGCUGUGAAAUUGUCCUUGUACUCUCAGCUCCUGCAUGGAUCUGGGUCAAGUGGAGGGUACUGGGGAUGGGGAUGUUCCUGCCCAUAAAAGAUUUGGGGGAAGAAGGUUAACUCUAAGAUAGAGAAGUGUUCCAUCUGAUUUGAAAAUUAUGUACUUGAGGGCUAAGUCUAGGACUGGUUCUUUGUAGAGAUGGCGUCAAGGAGGUGCAGGAUGGAGAUGGGAGAUUUCAUGGAGCCUGGUCAGCAAGCUCUGUACCGGGUUGAACACCGAGGAGCUGUCAAGGUAUUUGGAGUUUCUUCAUUGUAAAGAGUAAGGGCUUCCACGAUGGGGCAGAUAGUCAGUACAGCCUACCAGGAACAUGUUGGUGUUUUCUGCUUUUUCUCUUUUCUUUUCUUAAUUCGUUUUUCUUUUUUUUUCCUUUUCUUUUUUCUUUUCCUUUCUUCUCUCCUUCCUUCCUUUCUCUCUCUCUCUCUCUCUCUUUCUUUCUUAUUUCUUCUUGUGGUCAUUCUCCUGAGUUGUGUUUGCACCGCUGUAUUGGUGAAGAUACCGAAGCAGCUCGUAUAGUUUCCAUCACUAAUGUUACACAUUUUUCUGGUCAAUGUGUGUGAUCUUUGUGUUUUCUUUUUUGCCAAACGUUCUUGUUCAAAGGCAGACCUAGUUUCUAGUAGAAACAUUUUUUAUUCCUUAUCUUUCCUCUACAAGGAAUAAAAGAUUUGUUGUUUUUGUGACAAAUAAGAUAUGGGGCUGGGGGGGUUACAAAACAUUCCUCUCCUGCCCCCUGUCCAGUAAGUAGAUACCACUUAAGGUGCAAGUCUUAACUAACUCCAUGGGGAAAAGACAAUACCCAGAGUGUGUAUUGUUAUCUGAAACAUCUGUACUAGCAGUCGUGGCUUUAAGAAUUUUAGAAACUUUCAGCCUUAACCUGCAAAUCGGCAUUUCAAAUUUACCAAGAUAAAAAUCCAUCUGUGUCUGCUGAAUGAAUACAGUGCUCAAUGUGGCUUUAGAAUCUGUCCGUGGGGCUUCACAUUGCCAGCCCUGACAGGAUGGGGGGAAGCCCUGUGAAUUCAAUGAGCAGCUGGCACCUGGUCAUAGUGGCCUAACCUCAGGCCAGCUUCAGACUUUACAUCCUUUCAGAACUUGUGCUUCCAGCUUCUCCCCUUCAGGGUGAGAGAGAAAGUGGGGAAGGCUUAAGUACAGCCACUCUGGGCUCAUCAGGACACUUGAUCACUCCAGAGUUUUAAUAGCUCCCGGGAGGGGACACUGGCGUCAGUGCUCAGCUCAGAUACCAGCCCCAGAAAUCAGAACUCCAUUUCACACAGUUCUAGCCAUCCAUCCUCCUCCACUAGAGGGGCUCAGCUUGACUGCCCUGAGCCAGGCAAGCACAGUAAUGCGUGUUUUAUUCAGCAUUAUUCUGCAAAAACCCACUGGUUAGGUUGGUUUGUUUUAGGAUAGGAGAUGAAAUGCCUCUCAGUGACAGGAAUGGCCCAAGCCUGCUUCCUAUUUUGGGUUUUGGUUUUUUUUUUUUUUUAACUGAUGGUUGGUGCAGCAUGUCCACAUGGUUGUUUGUCGCUAAACUUUAUAUAAUGUGUGGUUUUGAUUCAGCUUGAAAAAUAAUCUCACUACAUGUAGCAGUACAUUAUAUGUACAUUAUAUGUAAUGUUAGUAUUUCUGCUUUGAAUCCUUGAUAUUGCAAUGGAAUUUCAACUUUAUUAAAUGUAUUUGAUAUGCUAGUUAUUGUGUGCGAUUUAAACUUUUUUUGCUUUCUCCCUUUUCUGGUUGUGCGCUUCCUUUUACAACAAGCCUCUAGAAGCAGUUUCUGAGAAUUAUUGAGCUAUGUUUGUAAUGCAGAUGUACUUAGGGAGUAUGUAAAAUAAUCAUUUUAACAAAAGAAAUAGAUAUUUAAAAUUUAAUACUAACUACGGGAAAAGGGUCCAUUGUGUAAAACAUAGUUUAUCUUUGGAUUCAAUGUUUGUCUUUGGUUUUACAAAGUAGCUUGUAUUUUCAGUAUUUUCUACAUAAUAUGGUAAAAUGUAGAGCAAUUGCAAUGCAUCAAUAAAAUGGGUAAAUUUUCUGA